AUGGACAAAAGAGCCCGCAUUCCCGUCACUCUCCCGGUGGCCAACCCGACCGAGAGCUACUGGCACUAUCCCCCCUCCCGCCUCUCAAACUACUGCUCGAGCGCAUCACCGCCAUCAGAGACCGACACGCUGAUUAUAGGAAGCGGUAUCACGGGCGCUGCUGUGGCCCACUUCCUCCUCGCCUCGCCCUCUGCCGGGACCUCCUCGCAACAAACGCCAUCGCCUCCCGACAUCACAAUGUUGGAAGCCCGCACCGUGACCUCGGGCGCAACAGGUCGCAACGGCGGCCACACAAAAGCGGCGUCCUACAGAUCGUUCCUCCAUCAUGAAGCCACUCUCGGCACCGAGGCCGCAUGUCGCAUCGCGCGUCUCGAGCUCGCCAACAUCCGCGCCGUCCACGCCUUCGCGGCAACUCAUCUCAAGGACCGGGAGACGGAGAGCAGACCCUGCCAGACGGUCGACGCGAUCUACGACGCCGUCCAGUGGGAGGCGGCGAAACGGGCCAUCGAGGCGAUGAGGGAAGCCAUGCCAGGCGAAGACGCUUCGAAGUACGAUCUCUACGACGCCGACGAGACGCAAAGCCGGUUCCACGUCUCGGGCGAGGGGCUCCACGGGGGUGUCGCGUACGAGGCGGGGAGCAUCUCGGCGUACCGGUUCGCCACCGGCGUGCUGGAGCUGUGCGUCGACAAGGGCCUGAAGCUCUUCACGGAAACGCCCGCGGUCAGCGUCGAGAGGCUCGACGGGACGGCCGAGAGCGGCCAUCGCCGAUGGGUUGUGCAGACGCCCAAGGGACGGAUCGCGGCGCGGAAGGUGGUGCUCGCGACCAACGGCUACACGGCAUUUCUCGACCGGCGGUUCCAGGAGGCCAUCGUGCCGACGCGCGGCCAGAUCGUGGCGCACCGGCCGGGCUCCAAGAUGCCCAAGGAAGGCCUGCCGACGACGUACAGCUUCAUCUACGAGGGCGGCUACGAGUACAUGAUCCCCAGGCCGGCGGGCGCGCCGUUCGCCGGCGACAUCGUCAUCGGCGGCGGCCUCGUCCGAGCGCCGGAGGAAGGGCUGGAAGAGUACGGGACGACGGACGACUCGCGGCUGAACCCCAUCGUCAGCUCGUACCUCCACGAGACGACGCCACGGUACUUUGGCGACAACUGGGGCGACGACGAUGACGCCGCCGGGGGUCGGCUACGGGCCGAAUGGACGGGCAUCAUGGGCUUCAGCCCGGACGGGUUCCCGUUCGUGGGACAGGUGCCGGGCAGCAGCGGCGGCGGCGGCGGCAGCAAAGAUGAGGGCCUCUGGGUCUCGGCGGGCUUCCAGGGGCACGGCAUGGUGUUCUGCUGGAUGUGCGCAAAGGCGCUCGUCGCCAUGAUGCUUGAUAUGGCCGAGGAGGAUAAGGAGGAGGAGAAGCAGCGACUCAGCAGUUGGUUCCCCGAGGCAUUUCGGAUCACAGAGGCACGACUGAAGCAGAGAUUCCAUGGGAGAGUGAACCAUUCGGCAUCGGGACCCUCCAACGGGGGGUGGAAUCCGAGCUAG